AUGCAGAUAUUGGAUAUUAAUCAGAAAGACUAUGACCAAAAGCGGCCGAUAUAUGAGGACAUCAAGAUUGACACUGCGUUCCGAAAGAUCAGUCCCAAGGCGAUCGGCUUCCACGUUUGGCGAAUACAGAACGAUCACGUCGAAGCUCUACCCAAGGAGCAGUUUGGAACAUUCUACGAUGAGAACACGUACGUGAUAUAUUCGGCUUCACUAGCCGGUACAAUUUCCGACAAAAAUACCAUCUGUCGUGAAAUAAAAACCCCCGGAGCAGUCGUGGAACGUUACAUUCACUUUUGGCUAGGAGCCAACAUCACAUCCGAUCGGUCGAAAUCUGCGGCAUACAAAAUAAUCGAACUUGAUCUUCACCUCGACCACAAAACUACUCAGUAUCGCGAAAGUCAGGGCCACGAAGGGAUUCGGUUUUUGUCUUACUUCAAAGAAGAUGGAAUUCUUAUUCAAUCCGGAACCGACCCGUCUUCGUAUCCCCAGUUUCCACGAUUGUAUCAGAUAAAGGGUAAGACGACACCCCAAUGCAUCCAGCAGAAAGCAAUCACAUGGCAGCACUUCAACUGCGGUCACGUGAUGAUCUUACAGACGCCAAAGAUCGUCUUUGUCUGGGUCGGCCGAACAACCAGCUCGUGCGAACGAAUAUUCGGACUGAAGAUCGGAAACAAAUUGAAAGAAUCGUUCAAAAUUCCGGAGAUUGCCAUCGUUGACGAUGGCUACGAGCAAUCGAUGAGUGCCCCUCGUAAGGAGGUAUGGAACAGUUUUCUGAGUUUAUCCCAGCGCUUUGUUCAACCGAUGGCACUGGUACCAUCCAAUGCGGAUAUUAUGUUGAAACUUUACCAGUGCGAUACCGUUAAUGGAGUUUUUCGGGUUGAGCUGGUCAAGACGGGUGCGCUGGAACAGUCGGAUUUGUAUGGCCGAGACAGCAUCUACAUAAUCGACUACUUCUGCAAUGGAGUAUGGAUUUGGAUUGGCAGGAGUUCGCAUAAACAGAACCGAGCAGAGGCGAUGCGUCAUGUACGGGGUUAUGUAAUUAAGAAAGGUUAUCCUGCGUCCACACCGGUCGCACGUGUCAUCGACGGUCUUGAACCAGCCGAAUUUACCAGUUUGUUUCCAAGCUGGAUCAGCGCGGAUGUUAACGGAAACUCCAUAAAAGGAUUGUCGGAAAAAUUCGAUGCUCUCACACUAAUACAGCGUCCCAAGCUGGCCGCGCAGAUACAGUUGAUGGACGAUGGAACGGGUGAUGCUACCGUGUAUCAGAUCGGAAUUGAUGACGUGAAAGAAGUUCCGAAGAAAUAUGCCAAAACGUUCUACUCGGGUCAGUGUUACAUUGUUCACUAUCAGUUGUCUUGCACUUCGGAGAAUAACAUCUCUUCGUUGGGAAGUUCCAUAAAGAACGUUGUCUAUCUGUGGAUCGGAUCUAAUUCUUCCAUGGAGUACCGCCAAACGGGAGAGGCGUUUCUAGCAGAAAUGUGCAAUCAUUUGAAGAAGAAUGUAGUUCAGCUUAGAAUCAGUGAUGGGAUGGAACCGCCACAUUUCUUGCAGAUUUUCAAAGGUGGUCUAAUAGUUUUUAAUGCCAAGAGUCCUGCCGUAGAGGGAAACAUGAACAUCCGGAAGUAUCCAAGCAGCUUUGUACUGAAGGUAGUAGGCAACUCUACGUUCACAUGUAAAGCUGUCCAGGUUUCGAGUAAGACCUUAUAUUACCCGGAAGAUUGCUAUAUAUUGAAAGCUCCCGAUAAUGAAAUAUGGAUUUGGUGUGGGCAGUAUUCCACCGGAGACUCGAGAGAGAUGGCAAAAUCGAUUGCUUCCAUCUUAGGAGAGUACAACCUAGUGAUGGAGUCGAAUGAGACAGACGAGUUUUUCAAUUCAGUAGGGGAGAAAUUCUUGAAGCAGUUGAGAAAAACUCAUGGAAACAUUGUGACCCCUACUAUGAACGUAUCUUCAACCUGGGAACGGCAGAGGAUCGGGUUGUACAUGUGUUCUUUGGAGCAGGAGAAAUAUGUACUGAGUAAGAUCUUUGGAUUCAAUCAAAAGGACCUAAGGCCGGAGAACAUUUUUUUGCUUGAUGCUGGGAAUAUCGUCUACGUCUGGAUCGGUGAAUAUGUUGCUCCCGAUGACCGACUCCAGUGCUGGGAUCUAGCUAAGUACUUAAUUUCGACGCAUCCCGUCCAGAGGGAUGCUAAUAUGCCCAUCGCUGUAAUCCGUCAGGGCGAAGAACCAAUAACUUUUGUUGGAUUUUUCGAUAUUUGGGAUAAAAAGUAUUAUGAGAAUUACAUUCCAUUCGAUAAAAUCCGUGCUGAGCUGGAAACACCCGGAGUGCCGGUUCCCGUUCCCCGUGGAUCAGUCAACAGUGAGAGUGCCACUGGGGAUGACUUCGAUCGCUAUCAGAAGUACCCCUUGGAUAUGCUGCGCGGUGACCCAUCAAAUCUACCGGCCAGUAUCAAUCCUACCCGUAAGGAGGUGCACCUAACACAUGACGAUUUUGUGACCGUAUUCAAGAUGCCUUAUCAUGACUUUGAGGAACUGCCCAAAUGGAAGCAGGUUGAGCUGAAGAAGCAGAAAAAAUUAUUCUAA